UAACGGUAAAUUUUCAUAAAGAAAAUGGUUUAAUGUGUAAUUUUGAUGUUGGAGCCAGAAAUGUCGAGACAGAAUCGACGCUCAGAUAACGCUACCACUGGUGUUCGUUCUUCGUACGUUGUAACCGCAAAGCAACAAUAAGACUGCAUGAUUGGGCUUCGCCGGCCGCGCCGCCGAAACCGUGACCGAUCGAUUAAUUAAGCCCUCAGAUUUCAUGACUCUCGUCGGGUCCCGGCACACCGUGGACGCCAUUCCUUCUCUCUCUUCUCCUUCCUCCGCGAUCUCCGAUUCUCGAUUCACUCAUGCUUCAGAUGGUUCAACGUGCGGUACCCCUGCUUGGAUUGGUAAAGGACUCACUUGUGUUUGCUUCAAGCGUAGGGGAAGCUAUGAACGAAUAUGCAUGACUUUGACCCCUUUGCAGGAGGAAAGACUGAGAAGAUUGAAGCACAGGAUGAAAAUUUACUUUGAUGCUUCCAGGCCAGAUCACCAGGAGGCUUUGAGAGCUCUGUGGUCUGCCACAUUCCCUGGUCAGGAGCUCCAUGGUUUGAUAUCUGAUCAAUGGAAAGAAAUGGGGUGGCAAGGAAGAGAUCCAUCCACUGACUUUAGAGGAGCUGGCUUCAUUUCCUUGGAGAACCUCCUGUUUUUCGCCAAGACAUUUUCAACUUCUUUUCAACGACUAUUAAAGAAGCAAGGAGAAAGAGGAGCUGCCUGGGAAUAUCCCUUUGCUGUUGCUGGUGUAAAUAUCACGUUCAUGAUGAUGCAAAUGUUGGACCUUGAUGCCACUAAACCCAGGUCUUUUGUUAGACCGAUCUUUCUGCAAAUUCUUUCAGAAGAUGAGUGGGCAUUUGACUUGCUUUACUGUGUGGCUUUUGUGGUGAUGGACAAACAGUGGCUGGAGAGAAAUGCUACAUAUAUGGAGUUUAACGAUAUUUUGAAAUGCACUCGAGUCCAGCUUGAGAAAGAAUUAUUGAUGGACGAUGUCCUUCGAAUUGAAGACAUGCCUUCUUACGGUCUUCUUUGUUGACACUUGACGGUGAUAGAAAACCACCCUUAUGAUAUUUAGGAAGGCCUUAUCUUUAGUAAGUGAUAAUAUCUUACAUUUUAAUGAUAUCUCUAAUGAAUGUAUCUAGUGCUGAAGAUAUUUUCACGGUAAUUCCUUUUCAAAGCUCAAAGUUUUCCCUUUUGCCAUUUAACGUAGAUGUGUGUACCAGGUGUUAGGUUUUUUGUUUUUGUUUUUGUUUUUUCCCUGGUUGAUAGUAGGGUUAUUUUUAUUUUAUCUAGUUUGACUUUGAGUUCAAAAUUUUCGUAGUUUUAGAGCUUUGUAAAUGUAAAGUGAUCUUUGUUUUUCA